UAUUUUAGGCUACAUUAAUUGUUGUACUUCAGUCAUACUUUAGUUGAAUUUAAAGCAGUUUUCGCUGUGUGAAAAGUUGUAAGACAUUCUCUCGGGUUGGUUUAUUAUCAGUAUUAAUCACAGUGUCUAACUUUUUAUCUAAUAAUAACGUUGUAAUGGUUGUAAUGAAAUAAUUUAUGAUUUUCGUGACAGAUUAACGCGGACGUUGUAAACGACACAAAUAUUGUGUUUUAAAUGGUUUUAGUGCAAAAAUAUAGAAUACUUUAUUAGUAAAAUAGUGAAUUAAAAUGCUUGACUCCGAAAAGGAAUGGUUUAUUGAAGCACCGUGGGGAAAAAUAUGUGUUGUGGCGUGGGGCUCCUGUUUCAACCCGCCUAUACUCCUGGUCCAUGGGGCAGUUGACUCGGCGGCAAGCUUCCGGCCCAUCUUGGAGAGACUGCCUGACCGGUUCUACUACAUUGCCAUGGAGCUCCCGGGCAACGCUCACUCAGACUGGUUUCCGCCCGGAGUUAUGAUGUCCGUUCACGACCUGGCAUAUUCCAUGGAGGUGGUCCGCAGACACUUCCGGUGGAAGACGUUCGGGUUCAUGGGGCACUCACUAGGGACUCUUAUAGUGUGCUACAGUCAAGUCUACACAACGUACCAUUAUUACUUCACGCGGUAUUACCAGAAGUACCACAUAUACAACUCACCGAAGGAAAAUGCUCCGAAAUACACGAGAGAAAAGGCGCUAUCAAUGCUGGAAUACAACCGUGGUCUGACAGGCGCCGUGGCUAGCAUGGUGCUUGAAAGGAUAUCCGAGCCAGUAGGAGAUGGCCUUGUCAGAUACAUCUACGACCAGCGCGCCAAAACGGUCAUUUUCCCGCCCAACUCCCCCGAACAUCUCCAAAAACUUUACGUCAACAUAAAAACGCCCACCCUCACUAUUGUAGCCACAGAGUCUAUAGAACGCGGCGCUUAUAAACUGACACCUUUCGCUCUUGACGAAACUUGUUACCCAAAUAAUAAUUACAGAGUGGUCACUGUAGAAGGCAAACACGAUGUGCAUGUUAUGCAUCCGGAGAGGUUAGCGGCGUUUGUUGAGCUGUUUUUACUAUAUGGAGUGGAAGGGCUGGAUAGGAAAGCUAAGCUGUGAUAUUUUUGGGUUAGAUGAUUUAAAAAAAAUCCCGAAUAUCGAAUUUCACCAUAUCUGGAGGUGUUUAAGCGCAUUCUUCUCAGUAUCACGAGCUGAUUACGAUAAAAACAUGUCUACUCAUUUUUUUCCUUUAGGCACUGGUCCCACCGCGAGCUAGUAAGCUAUGAGCUAUCGGCUACAAAAACGAACAAA